AUGCUUCGUAACAUGCUAUUCUCUGCUUCAAGUAGAGGCCGGUCUGUUGCAACUCUGAAAAGAGUUUCUCAAAUUCCGUUCAACAACAGCUCCAGGACAGCAUCCAAGGCUAGCCUAUUCUCUGGUGUGAGAUACCAGCAUUCAAAACCAUCGAAUAAGGACUCCCAAGGUGAAAAUCCUAAUAAAGAAGACCGCGAAAAGAAUGAUAAAGACGGCAAGAAAGAUCAGGGCCCAGAUGACUUCAAAACUCUGGGCGAGUACCUGAAAUCUAAACAGUUUUUGAGAACCAUGUACAUGACAGUGGGGUUCACUUUUAUCUUCCAUCUGUUGACGUCUCCAUCUUCUGAUCCGGAAGAUGGUCCAAUACUGACGUUGCAGGAAUUUAAAAGCAAAUAUCUCGAAAAGGGUCUGGUUAAAAAAAUGUACGUGGUUAACAAGCAAAUGGUCGAAGCAGAACUUCUGCCACAGGCCAUGGACUCCCUAGGAAGUGGGAACGGGUUUUUUUCCAGACCAAACACGUCACCGGUGGUAGCGUUCACAAUAGGGUCCGUCGACGUUUUUGAACAACAAAUCGACGAAAUCCAAGACAAGCUACAAAUACCGCCCAAUGAACGAAUUCCAGUCACAUACGUCGAAAAAGCAUCCAUUUUACAGUAUCUGUUCCCCUUUGCACCCACCGUCAUCCUACUAGGAGGUUUGUACUUCAUCACGAGACGGGCCUCGGGAUCUAUGGGCGGAGCCGGCGGAGGUGGACCCAUGGGCGGUAUGUUUGGCGUAGGUAAAUCUAAAGCCAAAUUGUUCAACAAGGAGACAGAUAUCAAGGUGAAGUUCAAGGACGUGGCUGGAUGUAUAGAGGCAAAAUCCGAAAUCAUGGAAUUUGUCCAUUUUUUGCAAAAACCAGACAAAUAUCGUGCGUUGGGAGCCAAGAUCCCUCGUGGCGCUAUUUUAUCUGGUCCUCCCGGUACCGGUAAGACUCUACUCGCAAAAGCUACUGCAGGUGAAGCUGGUGUACCAUUUUUGUCCGUAUCUGGGUCUGAAUUUGUCGAAAUGUUCGUCGGUGUCGGUGCCUCUCGUGUCCGCGAUUUGUUUGAAAACGCUAGGAAAAUGGCCCCUGCCAUAAUCUUUGUUGAUGAGAUUGAUGCCAUUGGUAAGGAAAGAGGAAAGGGUGGUGCCAUGGGCGGUUCUAAUGACGAACGUGAAGCAACUCUCAACCAGCUUUUAGUUGAAAUGGACGGGUUCAGCACCAGUGAUCAGGUAGUUGUUUUGGCAGGUACCAACAGACCGGACGUCUUGGACGGCGCAUUGUUGAGACCUGGAAGAUUUGACCGUCACAUUCAGAUCGAUGCUCCUGACGUCGAAGGUAGAAAGGCUAUUUACCAAGUGCAUUUGAAAAAGCUCAACUUGAGCCCAAAAUAUGGCGAGCCCGCUGAAAAGGAACUGCUAGCAGGGAAACUUGCAGCACUAACACCAGGAUUUGCCGGUGCUGAUAUUGCCAAUGCAUGCAAUGAAGCUGCUUUGAUCGCUGCUAGACAUCAAAAACCAUUUGUCGAGCUAUCGAAUUUCGAACAAGCCAUUGAGAGAGUCAUUGCGGGGCUUGAAAAGAAAUCGCGGGUUCUCUCACCGGAAGAGAAAAAGACAGUAGCCUACCAUGAAGCCGGCCACGCCGUUUGCGGCUGGUACUUACAGCACGCAGAUCCUCUACUGAAAGUGAGCAUUAUUCCUAGAGGCCAAGGUGCUCUAGGGUAUGCCCAGUACUUACCUCCUGAUCAAUACCUCGUCACUCAGGAGCAGUUCGAGCAUCGCAUGGUGAUGGCUCUAGGUGGAAGAGUAUCCGAGGAGUUGCACUUUCCCUUUGUCACCAGUGGAGCUCACGACGACUUCAAGAAAGUGACCAAUAUGGCACAGGCCAUGGUUACCAAACUCGGGAUGUCCCGCGCUAUCGGUUAUGUCGCAUAUGAUCAAGACGCCGGUGGAGUGCAAGUGAACAAACCUUUUAGUGAAAAAACCGCACGAAAGAUUGAUCAAGAAGUCAAGAAAAUUGUUGAUCAUGCUCAUCAAGCGUGCAAACAGCUUUUGACGGAUCGUAGCGAAGAUGUGGAACAUGUUGCCCAAGAGUUAUUAAAGAAAGAGGUGAUAACCAGGGAGGACAUGAUAAGGUUAUUAGGACCUCGUCCAUUUCCAGAGCGGAACGAGGCGUUUGAAAAAUAUCUGGAUCCGAAAAACAGCAAUGAAGGAAAUGUUGUUAAUGCAUGA